AUGAUUGAAAGGAUCACAAUAACAUUGUACAUUGUAGGUUAGGUUAAACAAAUUUGUUCGUUGUUGUUUAACAAAAAUGUUAAAUUCAUAUUUAAAAGCAACCCCACCUUCAAAAUUCAUUCUAAUCAAUGAUUGUCUUCAAGAAAAAGGUCUACCUCUUGUUUAUAACCUCAAUGAACACCAUCAAAAAUUGAAUAACAAAGUGAAAUGUUUUGUAUUUGAGGGAAAUUUCACCAAGAUAAGUGAUGUGUUGACUUCUCACAACAUUAUAAGUUAUGAUUUCACAAAGAGUAAGGAGAUAACAUUGGAUGAUAUUAAAAAAACAUUCGAAAAGGAGUUAACACACGAUAGUGUCAUUAUUAUAGAUUCUUUAGUUCAUCUUAUAUACUUAUAUGGUUUUGAUGAAACUUGCAAAUUACUAAAUUCAUUAAUAAGGGAAAUGAAAGAUGGCCAACAAAUAAUAACAAUAUUACACAUUGACUUAUUGAAAAAUAGUAAGAAAACGGCGAAAUAUUUGGAACAUUUAGCAACCUUGAGUUUAACCUUUGAUCCUAGGAUCUCGAGGGUUAAUUAUACAUACAAAAAAAUAAGAGGGAGAGUUUUUAAACAGAUAGAAGCAUAUAAGUUUGAACAGGGUCAAUUUGUAACUGAAGUUUUAAAAAAACAAGAUGUCCAAGAAUUAAUAUUAGAGAAAAUAAAUGAAGUUUCUCCCGAAAACCUCUCGACUUUCAAAAUUGGACUGUCCGAAGCUGAUAAAAAAGCACGAGAUGAACUGACAUUACCGUAUCUACCAAAAGACUCAGAAUCUGCUGAGGGUAUAAUUUAUAACUUCGACGAUGAAGAUGAUUGGGACGAAGAAGAUCCAGAUGAUGAUUUAGAUUUAUAAAGAUAUAUUUUGGGUUUAAAUAUAGUUUAUAUAAGAAGAGAACUUAUAUUUGAUUUCUGUAUUAAUUAUACUGAAGCAACUGUGAUAUUGAUCA